CGAAUAUAAUAUGUUGACUAUUGUAUACGGCUAAAUUAAACUACAUCAGAUAGAGAGAAUUGGGUGCUAUUUGUCUCGGUAUUCGCAAUAAAGGGCUCCACCAUGGCAGAGCGCAGGGGAAACUGGGACAAGGCAGAGGACGACCUGCCGGUUUAUCUCGCCCGGCCCGGCACGGCUGACCAGGUGCCCCGGCAGAAAUACGGCGGCUUGUUUAGCAGCGUCGAGGGCGCAUUUGAGAGUAAAUCCAUAGACUUUGAUGCCCUGAGCGUCGGCCAGAGGGGCUCCCGCACCCCAAGGACCGCCAAACGAGAGACCGGUCAGCAGGCGAAGAGCCCGGCGAGUGACAACAAGAUGUCCCCUGGUGUGGAAAGUCCCGCAGCAAACAGGCGAGGAGAGAAAGACUCAGCUCGGGUUGAGAUCACAACCAGCGGCGGUAAAGAAGUGUUGCAGAACCUGGAACAUGAAAAGAGCGACAGGCUUCUGAUCAAAGGCGGGAGGAUUGUGAAUGAUGACCAGUCCUUCCAUGCUGAUAUCUACAUGGAGGAUGGCCUCAUUAAGCAGAUCGGCGACAACCUGAUCGUUCCCGGUGGGGUGAAGACCAUCGAGGCCAACGGGAAGAUGGUGAUCCCCGGUGGCAUUGACAUCCACACCCACUUCCAGAUGCCGUACCGUGGAACCACAACCGUGGACGACUUUGCUCAGGGAUCAAAGGCUGCUCUUGCUGGAGGCACGACCAUGAUCGUGGACCAUGUGAUCCCAGAUCCCGGCUGCAGCCUGAUGGCGGCCUAUGACCAGUGGAGGCAGUGGGCCGAUGAGAAGAGCUGCUGCGACUACUCCCUCCACGUGGACAUCACCCACUGGAACGACAGCGUAAAGCAGGAGGUGGAAAACCUCAUCAAGGAGAAAGGUGUAAACUCUUUCCAGGUGUACAUGGCUUACAAGGACUACUACCAGAUGAGUAACAGUGAGCUCUAUGAUAUAUUUACCUUCUUGGCGGAGAGGGGAGGCAUCGCUGAGGUCCAUGCUGAAAAUGGCGAGAUCAUUGCUGAGGAGCAGACCCGCAUGCUGCAGAUGGGUAUCACUGGACCGGAGGGACACGUGCUGAGUAGGCCAGAAGAGCUGGAAGCGGAGGCAGUGUUUCGUGCCAUCACCAUCGCCAGCCAAACCAACUGUCCUCUCUAUGUGACCCGGGUCAUGAGCAAGAGUGCUGCUGAUAUCAUCUCACAGGCCCGGAAAAAAGGACAUGUUGUGUUUGGGGAGCCAAUCACAGCCAGCCUGGGGACUGAUGGGACACAUUACUGGAGCAAGAAUUGGGCCAAGGCAGCUUCUUUUGUAACAUCCCCUCCUCUUAGCCCAGAUCCCACCACUCCCGAUUAUCUGAACACACUGCUGUCCAGUGGGGACCUGAGCGUGACUGGCAGUGCUCACUGUACUUUCAGCGUGGCCCAGAAGGCCAUUGGCAAGGAUGACUUCACUCAGAUCCCAGAAGGUGUUAACGGAGUGGAGGAGAGGAUGACCCUCAUCUGGGAUAAAGCUGUGACUACAGGUAAAAUGGACGAGAACAUGUUUGUGGCAGUCACCAGCACCAACGCAGCUAAGAUCCUGAACCUGUACCCUCGUAAGGGUCGGAUUGCCGUGGGCUCUGAUGCCGACCUGGUCAUCUGGGACACAGACUCCAUCCGCACCAUCACCGCCAAGACACACAACUCGGCUACUGAGUACAAUGUCUUUGAGGGCAUGGAGCUGCGUGGAGCCCCACAAGUGGUGAUUUGCCAGGGGAAGAUUGUUCUGGAAGAUGGGAACCUGCAUGUCACCUCCGGCGUGGGUCGCUUCAUUCCCUGCUCUCCCUUCCCUGACUUUGCUUACAAGCGUAUUAAAGCCAGGAAGCAGCUGGCGGUCCUGAGGGCUGUACCAAGGGGAAUGUACGACGGCCCGGUGUCUGAAUUCUCCAUGUCCCGUGGUGGCACCCCCUCGGCCUCGGCACGUAACUCUCCCACCAAACAGCCCGUCAGAAACCUGCACCAGUCUGCAUUUAGUCUAGCAGGUAACCCUGCUCCAUAUGGUCCCCCCACCCCAGAUGACAUCCCCAUCAGGCCUGCUGGCCGGCGUAUUGUAGUGCCCCCUGGUGGUCGUUCCAACAUCACAACCCUCAGUUAAACAGCAGGAAGACGAGGGGAUGCGACCAGAAAACGACAGCAGCCAGAGUGCAGGAUAGAGGGG